AUUCCGCACUACCUUAAGAAGUGGUUCAACCUCCACGCUCGAGUCUAUCGAGAUAACUUCAAUCGCUAGCACUGAGUGGCAGACGCCUCAUUCUCUAGACAAACAUCGUCGUCAUAUCCGGCAACCCGGCACCUCUCCCACAUCAUCAUCUUGCACACCAUCAACAAAAACACAACCACAAUGUGUCUAUUCAAGACGUAUGAAACGCGCGGUCGCACUGUUGUGGAACCCCCACCUAGACGAGGAAACUUCACGUCCCACCCGCCGGCGGGUGUAAUGCGCUUACCGCGCGAAUGGCGCCGCUCAGAGAGCUACAGCGACGACGGCCACUUUGUGGAAGUCAGGAGAUCGCAACCCCGGGUUAUCGAAUACUAUGAGGAGCCAAGGCGCAGCACUACGCGCCAUAGGAGUAGGUCCAGGCGACGAAUUAGUGAUGUCGAUGUUAGGACGCCAAGGGGAAGUUAUGUGGAUGAGAGGGUUGUUAAGAGGAGUGUUAGUCGUGUUAGGCAUUGAUGGUGGCAGAGAUUUGGAUGAGAUUGUGAAAAAGUCCUGGUCUGGUUUUGAGAGAAGGGAGUUGGAUACGUCUAUUUCUAUAUUUUAUUUUCGAUACUACGUAAUUAAGUGAACCAAAAAAUUGUUUGUUACAACGA